GUGUUUAGUGAGUGAUGUGAACAAUAAUGUGAAGUGGAAUGGACAACGCUUAGUAUCCCGCCAAAACAAGAUGGCUGCCGUUAUAAAAUGGCGGUCGAGGAGCAUCAGUGCUAUGAUGCUUCUGAUCUUCAUACAAAUUGUUAAUGGUUACGAAGAAACAUUCACAAUAUCACAGUUAUCACCAAAAUCAGCGACAGCAGACCAAAACCUUCAAGAUGUGGUGAUGCAAACCAGUCUGCCAGAUAGCCUAGGACUAAGGAUAGAACCUAGUGUCAAUUAUGAAGAAGAGGAACAACCAGUCAUCACUCAUGAAGACUUAGAAGAGCAUGUUAUAGUAGCCAGGUCUGCAGAUCCAGUUAGGGAAUCAAGAUCUAUAAAUAUUGAUGAAAUACCAACGUCAAAUAAUGAAAUUGAUAAUCAUUUAGAGUUGCACAAUAAAAGGAAAUACUACGAUAUACAUCCGACUAAAACGAUGGGUUAUUUAAGAAGUGAUGAUGAAGUUAUUCUAUCUUCCGAAGGGUUCGGAGAUAGGUUGGAGUUUAAGUUUCCGGGGGAAGGGAAGAGGGUCCCAAAAGCGCGCGCACUGGCGCCUAUGGGGCCCAGAAUACGGCCUACUGCAGUGCAGCCGAUAUUUGCGACAGCUACCCCUAGGAAAGAAGAAGGGAGACAGAAUACGGAAAUCCAGAAUAUUAUCACUGGCCUAGUAAAGUUAUUGAACGGCAAUGUCAAUGUACAAGCCAAUUCCCAGCUUCUAAAUGGAAGACCUGGGCGUCCAAUGGCUUCUAGGAUAAACAAUAGAGGUCCACCAAAGAUAUCUGAAGUUCCACCGCUUCCAGAUUUUGAUGCUCCUAUUUCACCACCUCCGCAUCACUUCCAUCCAACAAAGACUCCUCCUCCAUACCCAUUUGACAGACCUCCUGUAUAUGUAAACCUACCUGAACAGAUAGUUCCACCAAUAAACCGGCCUGGUUUCCACAGGCCUAUGCCUCCGUGGCAGCGUCCCAGGCCUAGGCCACCAAACAGAAGGCCGAAUCCAAAUCUACCAAUGUACAAACCAAAUCACCCACCACCGCAUACUAUACCAGAUAUUCCUGAAAUUCCGACCAAACCAGAUGAAACUAUUAGUGAAAAUGAAACUACACAUUCAGAAAAUACUCUCCAUCAUGAAAAUGCUGAUAGUUCUGAAGUCUCCAUAGAAGUUAAUACGACAGAACUUACAACAACUAGUGAAGAAGAAGAUCUAACAACAGUUGCUGAUACUACAACUUCUUCUAGUACUACAACAACUACGACUACGACUACAACUACGACAGAAGCUCCAACAACAGAAAAAACUACAACAACACAAAAACCUACAACAACUACGACAACUACAGAAAAACCGUCAACGACCACAGAGAAAAAGAUUGAAAAACCCAAAGAGAAAGAUAAGAAAAAAGACACAAUAUUCAUUGAUAAAGAAAAGACUAAAGAUAAAACCAAAAUUGAUGAAAAACCAUUUAACAAAACAAAUGUAACAAAAGACGAUCUUUUAGAACAAGCCAUUCAGAUUAUUGAACCAUCUUUACUUGAUAUAAAGUCUACAUCUUCUACUGUAAGUCCGACUCCUACCGAGGGAUUGAUCAGUCAUGCGCCGUCAGUCAGUGUGAUGACAACUACGUCAUCAUCAUCAUCAUCAUCUGCGUCUAUACCUUCAUCAUCAUCUACGAGCUCUAUAGAGACAUCAUCAAUCAAUUCGGAACCGUUGCCAACUUCCCAAGGUACGAUACCAUAUCAUCCAUACCGCCCUCGUCCCGGCAUUGUCCUGGAUGACACUGACUUCAAACCCCAUGGGUCCCGGUACAGACCUCAGGCUGAAGUCUCUGUCAUCACAGCCCCGGAGACCAGGCCGCCGGGUUAUGGGGAGAUAUUCGAUGUGACUGUUUCUGCGAUACAGGGGUUGGGAGAAAAGGGGGGUGGGGCUUCUGUGCACAUAGAAAACGUGAACCUCUCAGGGCACGAACACGACGACAUCAUAGUCUCACCCUCAGGGGAGCAAGGGUUCGUUUCCAUCGACGGCAAGAGGACGUAUCUCAACCUGUUCGAUAGCUCCACUCCUGGGCCCAGCAUCAGGCCUACUCGGGUGCAGAGUUUGCCUCAAUCUGUACCACCACUUCAAGCGCCACCAUUAGCUCCGACCCUGGGCACUGGGGAAGCUAUCCCAGCAGACGACAUCCCCCUCCCCCCACCAGUUCGAAGACCAGGUCACCAGCAUCCAGGACAUGGGCACCAACAUGGUCAGCUGCAUCGGCCGCAGCAGGGAUUUAGAAGACCUCAGCCUACUGUCAGGAUCGACACUUGCAUCGUUGGAGAUGACUCCACUUGCGACCAGGCUCAAAACGAGAAGUGCAGGACUGAAGCUGGUAUAUCCAGUUGUCAAUGUCGUCCGGGCUACGCUCGUCGCAUCCACCGGGAUCCCUGCAGACGAGUCGUGUCCCUACUCCUCAAUAUGAGGGUUGACAGGCUUUAUGACAGAAAGGUGGCGUGGGAUGCUAAGCUAGCUGACAAAGAAUCAGAUCCUUAUCAACAACUAAGCUAUGAAGCUGUCAGAGCCGUGGACUCAGCAUUCUCCAUGACUCCAUUCUCGGAUGACUUCGUGAGCGGUUCAGUGAACUCCGUGCAUCAGGGAGACGAGAACAACCGCGGGAUAUAUGUUAACUUGACUAUUUUGAUGCAAGAAACACCAGAAACUCUUCGCACAGCAAUCGGCACAGACAUACAAAAGCACCUACUAGGCGUCAUCCGUCGCCGCUCCAACAACGUCGGCGCCUCCAACAUCUUUGUCGAUACCCCUGCCGGCAGCGUACUGCCUCUGCACGACGUGGACGAGUGUUCAUCACCAGACUUGAAUGAUUGUCAUCAGCUGGCGACCUGUACUAAUACUUGGGGAGGUUUCAAAUGUCAAUGCCCCGACUCGACCCUGGACGCUUCCACCUCUCCGCUGAAGUCAGGCCGCGACUGCAGAUCCUGUGCAGCAUCACACUGCAACGACAGGGGCGUCUGCAAGUAUGCUGGUGGACAGCCUUAUUGCAGCUGUUCAUCAGGCUACUAUGGUUCUACGUGCGAAGUAGACGGCGAGGUGGUGGGAGUGGCAGUGGGCGCGUCACUCCUCGCUGCACUCGUUAUAGCACUCACGCUCGCCGCACUCAUGUCUUGGAGUCGCAAGUGGUCCCGGGAGCAGAAGGCGGCCGGCAUGGGGUCUCCUAUAUUCAACUAUAUGGCUGCUAACACUAUAAAGACUCCACCUGUAGGACAACCGCCUUAUCAGGUAACAUUAGAAGAAAGAAUGCGAUGGGCGCAGAUAGCUGAAGCAAUGGCACAAGCUAGUCAUUAUGCGCCGGAAGCUGCACAGAUGGCGACGCGACCAUCAUCAGCUAUGUUUGGUGGAUACCCAACACUACCUCCCGUGCCAAUGCCCAGGAUGGGUAUGCACGGCGGGCAUCACACCGGCACACUGAACACAGUGACGUCACGCGCCAACACUGCCGCCUCACAUCACAACUUAUAUGGUUACACAAACCAUAUGGCAACUGAAUCUACAAGUUCCGAAGCAUCGAGUCACGUGCAAGAGAGAGCUGACCUACUAGUGCCUAGACCCAAAUCUAGAGCCAGGAGUAUGCAUAAUCAAACCGGUAUAUACUACGAUGUUGAAUACGAAAAUGCUCCAGAAGCGAUAUACGGCACUAAAGGUAUCCCACUUUCUACCUACACGGUCAGUCGGGGACCACCAUUCUACAGAACAUAGUAUUUGUAAGUAUCGUUGGCCUAAUCUUUUACUUGUAAAAAAUGGUGCUUGAAAUUCCCAAAAAUAAUGUCGGAAUUUUCGGAAACUAAAAUUGGGGAUUUUAUUUUUGGAUUGAAAGUAAAAUUGUGGAUUUUAUUUGUGGAUUGAUAGAUUGAGACUUUGUUGACUCGUAUUUUUAGAGAGAGAUAUUUUGUGUUAAAGGAAUUAAAAUUAUGGAAAAAGUAAUUUGAAGAAUAAAUGUGUUUUCAAUUUAAUUUUGAAGAAACUCAAAUAAUUAUUGCAUUUAUGAAAUUAUAUUUUUUGAGAUUUUGCUCGUUACAACCACAGCAUUUAAAAGAAAUAAGUACCUAUGUUACUUUUAACUAUUUUAUAUUUUAGAAAAUAAAUUAAAAUAUUUAAAAAUGUUAUUAAAAACUUCGAAUUGUACAUAAGACUGCUUUCAACGAAUAUUGAAUAAGAAAAUAUUAUCAUAAUUAAUAAUUGUGAUUUUUAUAAAUUUUAGUUUUAAGUCGUGAAAUUAUUUCCACUUUUACUAUAAAAUGAAAAUAAAAAAAUAUGAAAUUUCUAAAUAUUUCCUAGCUUGUUUAAAAAAUGGGUAACUUACAAUAACUAAAUAUGUUUGAAUAUACAAAAAAAAUGUUCUAAUUUGGACAUGGAUGGUUAUGAGCUGAGCCCAUUUUCCGUAAAAACCUGAUGGAAAUGCCAUAGGCCUCGGAUGAAACCACGAGAAACAGCCAUACUCCAUUUGAGUAGGUAUACAAUCUUGAUAAAAUGUUUUAUUAAAAAACUCAGUUUAAAAAUAAAAUGCGACAAAAAUCAAAGAUUAAACUCGACUCUACUAUUACAAUUUUUUAUUAAAUUGUAGUUUAUGUACGACUCUUAAACGACAUUUACGCACGAAAUCAAACGAAUUAUACUUCUGUACCACAUUACAUUUACUUCAGUAUUUUUCAAGUUAACAACUAAAAUAUAUAUUUUUUUAAACCUUAUAUAUCCGUGUGUUGCAAGCCUUUUUUACAUAUGAAUUUUUACAUAACAUAAAAUGGAAAUAAUUUCAAUAGUUCUUUGAAAAUCAUAGCUAGGUAGCUUUUUAAAAGAAGAUUAUAUAUUUCAAAAAUGGCUAAAAUAGUCAAUGUUUUACAAAGAACAAAAUAUUGUACAUAAUAAAUAUAUAAGUAAAGAUGAAAUCACAAAUAUAUCUUUUUGGGUAUUCCACUAAAAUUUAAGCAAAAUAAAUGUUGUAUUUAAUAAUUUAUUCGACUAACUAAAACGUAACUAAAAAAAUAAAAAAUCUUUUUCAAAUAUUUUAGUUUCAAUUCCUCUGUUUUAUUUUUAUAGGCCAUCGAUACAGGUAUUGUAAAUAUCUUCUUUCCUGAAAAGAAAAACUGUGAACUUAAAAACCUUUUGAAUAUUUUAUACUGACAGCAAAAAACACUAUUAUAAAAGUGAUGAAAAAUACGUAAAGAACAGUCAAAAAAUAUCACAAUAAAAAUAUAUGUAACUAGAGUAUCCGCACACUGCAUACUAAAUAGUCGGCUAUAAUAUAAAUAUUAAUUAUUUUUAAAAACAAUCUUGAUUUCAAUCAAAGUUUUCAGUCGGUCUGAUGCCGGCUAAAUACCUGAUCUUUGUAAUGUGCGUAUUCAUCUUCAUACUGAUUCAUGAGCCCAAACAAACUAUCGGCCGACUAAAAGUUUUCAGUGUGCGAGUACUCUUUUAAAAUAAAAUAAAGUAGGUAGGUAUUAAGAAUAUUUAGAUAUAAAAAAAUGUAGAUAAAUAUUAAUGUAAUGUAAGAAAAAUGAUAAAAAAAACUUGCUCCACUAUAAUUGUAUUCAAGUUAAAUAAAAUAGUCAUAUCUUUAGUUUUAUUUAAAAAUAAAAUAGUAAGUUUUCAAUUUGUUCAUGUCGCGGUCAAAGUCAGAUUAACUGGACAAAAUGUAAAACGUCUGGGUGAAGUGAAAUAUAUUUAUUAAAGCUUAUAUAUUGAAGAAAGGUGUUAUAUUUUUGUACUGAAAAUACUUUUAUAUAUUAUGUAAAAUAUAUUGAUAUAAACAACUA